GCGCGGGCGCGGGCCGCUCCGAGCCGCGCCCUGCGGCGGCGGAGGCGCGGGCUUCGGGUCGUCGCGGGUGCCGCUGCUUGACGGGCCCUGCGUGCUGAGGGCGCGCUCGGCGGUGGCGCGCCGUGCUAUGAAGUUCGAGCGGUUCUCUUCGAAGACGAUCAAGGCGGUGAUGAUGGCGCAGGCCGAGUCGCGCCGGCUGGGGCAGGACGAGGUCGGCACCGAGAUGCUGGUGGUGGGCGUGGCCUCGGAGGGCACCGACGCGGGGAGCCGCGCGCUGGGGAGCCUGGGCGUGGGGCUCCCCGAGGCCCGCGCGAGGCUGGAGGAGUUCCUGGGCCUCAGCAGCGGGGGCAAUGCGCUCGAGAUCCCGUUCUCCACCGCCGCCAAGAAGGUGCUCGAGGACUCGAUCGCGUGCGCCCGCUCGCAGGGCAAGGCGUCCGUGGGCACCGCGCACCUGCUGCGGGCCAUCCUGGACCAGGGGGAGCCCGACGCCGGGGCGAGGUUCCUGGGCUUCCUGCUGGGCUGCGACGCAGCCGCCACUCGCGAGAGGCUGACGCGCGCCCUGGAGCGGGAGGAGAGCGGUGGCAGGCCCGGCGCCAGCGGCGGCGGUGUCACGCUGGGUAUCCGCGCCGAGGGCCCCGCCCCGGAGGCCAUCGUUCAGGCCACGCCAGCGGACGGCGUGGACCUCACCGAGACGCUGAAGUACGGCCAGGACCUCACCGAGGCCGCCCGCGCGGGCAGGCUGGACCCGCUCGUCGGCCGCGAGGAGGAGCUCAAGCGCACCAUCCGCAUCCUGGGCCGCCGCUCGAAGAACAACCCCGUGCUCGUCGGGGAGGCCGGCGUGGGCAAGACGUCCAUCGCGGAAGGCUUGGCGCAGCGCAUCGCUGCUGGGCGCGUGCCAGCGUCGCUGAAGGACAAGCACGUCGUGCAGCUCGAUAUCGCGCUGCUCCUGGCCGGCACCCGCUACAGGGGCGACUUCGAGGAGCGCCUGCGGGCGGUCGUCAAGGAAGUGUCGGAGAGCAACCGCCGCGUCAUCCUCGUGAUCGACGAGGUGCACACGUUGGUUGGCGCAGGGGGCAGCGGCGGAGAGGGCGGCGGCAUCGACGCCGCCAACCUCCUGAAGCCGGCCUUGGCGCGCGGCGAGCUGCAGUGCAUCGGCGCCACCACCCUGGACGAGUACCGCAAGUACAUCGAGAAGGACCCUGCCCUGGAGCGCCGCUUCCAGCCCGUGACCGUGCCCGAGCCCACCCUGGAGGAGUCGGUGCGGAUCCUGGAGGGUCUCGCCCCGAAGUACGAGCGGCACCACCAGCUGCGCUACUCCCGGGAGGCCCUCGCCGCGGCGGUGGCGCUGGCCUCGCAGUACAUCGCCGACCGCUUCCUGCCCGACAAGGCCAUCGACGUCAUGGACGAGGCUGGGUCCAAGGUGCGGCAGGAGCUCCACGAGGAGGCGGAAGUCAGCAAGGUGGCCGCGGAGUACCUGGCGGCCAGCCAGGAGCUCGAGGCGGUGCGGGCACGGAAGAGGGCGGCCGUCGCCUCGGAGCGCUACGACGAGGCGCAGCGGCUGAAGGCGCGGGAGGCGGGGCUGAACGAGCGCCUGGGCCGCCUGCAGGGCGCAGGUGGCGGCGCCGCGCCUGGCGCGCGGGAGCUGCUGGAGGAGCUGCGCGGCCUGAAGGCGCGGAUGCAGGAGCUCGUGGACGCGGAGCGCUUCGGCGAGGCGCACGAGCUGCAGGCUCGCGAGGCCGAGCUCGCAGCGCGCCUCUCGAGGAUCGGGGGCGCGGGGGGCGCGAGCGCGGCCUCGAGCGCGGCCGCGAGCGCCUCGGUGGACCGCCUCGUCACGGCGCAGGACAUGGCCGAGGUGGUUGCCACCUGGACCGGCAUCGCAGUGGAGCAGGUCGGCGCAACCGAGUCCAGGAAGCUGAUGGGCCUGGAGAAGGCGCUGCACAAGACGAUCAUCGGCCAGAACGCGGCGGUCGACGCGGUCUCGCGGGCGCUGCGUCGCGCGCGGGCGGGGCUGCGGGAUCCCGACCGGCCGAUCGCCAGCUUCAUGUUCUGCGGGCCCACAGGUGUUGGCAAGACCCACGUGUGCAAGACCUUGGCGUCGACAUUCUUCGGCUCGGCGGACUCCAUGAUCCGCCUGGACAUGAGCGAGUUCAUGGAGAAGCACACGGUCUCAAAGCUAAUUGGGGCUCCGCCAGGCUACGUGGGCUACAACGACGGCGGCACCAUGACGGAGGCUGUGAGGAGGCGUCCGUAUUCGCUGCUACUCUUCGACGAGGUGGAGAAGGCCCACCCUGACGUAUUCAACGUCAUGCUGCAACUGCUGGACGACGGGCGUCUGACCGACUCCAAGGGCCGCACCGUGUCUUUCGCCAACACGCUGAUCGUCAUGACGUCCAACCUGGGCAGCCGGGCCGUGCAGAAGGGCGCUGGAGGGAGUUUCGGGCUUGGAUUCGGCACGGCGGGCGAGGAGGAGGAGGAGGAGGAGAACUACGCGGCCAUGAGGGAGCUUGUGAUGGACGACAUGAAGUCGUUCUUCCGCCCAGAGUUUAUCAAUAGGCUGGACGAUCUGGUCGUGUUCAGGCCCCUGAGCAGGGACGACGUGCGCGCCAUCGCCGAGGUCGAGUUCCGGAAGGUGCUCGCUCGCCUCGGGGAGAGGGACCUCGACGUCGUGCUGACUCAGGCGUUCAAGGACCGCGUGGUCGACCGAGGGUUCGACCCCGCCUUCGGCGCCCGGCCGCUGCGGCGAGCCAUCUCGAGCAUGCUCGAGGACACGCUGGCGGAGCACCUGCUGGAAGCAGCGGGCGAGGGCCUCGACGACGAGGACGGCGGGCCCGCUGCCAGGCAGAAGGCUCCCGCACAUCGCAGGGCAGUCGAGGUGGACCUCGACGAGCAGACGGGGAAGGCCACCGUUGUGCAGAGGAGAGAGAGCUCCGUGGCGGCCUAAGCGGCACGCGGCGACGUGUUCGGUCUUCUUGCUGCAGCGCUCCUCCGACAGACGGCGCUGCCUCCGAAGUGAUCCAUCGGUUGUCGAGGAAUUUGGUCUGCAACCUGUUCAAGCGUUGCUGCUCAGCCCCCCCCGCUUUUGCACCCUUUAGGGACGCAUUGAACGCAUUACUGCGAUCAGCUUUAUGUUUGAGCGACGGGCGUCCGCUCACCACUGCGGGCACCCGACUGCGAGCACUCGGCCACCACGGCCGGGGCUGGGACCUGGCCCGAACUGUUUAAGUCGCUAUAUAGGAAGGGCGCGGCGAGGCGCACUGCCCACAGGGCAUGCGUUUUUGGAAGCGUCUCUCGCCGAUCGUCGAGAGCCGGCUACAGAAUUCAGCAGCAUGAGAUGGUGGCUCAGGGCGGGAGCUCGUUGCGUCCAGCGACCCUGGGAGCACCGACGCGGGCCGGGCCGUCCAGGCGCUUCCCACCACCGCUCCGGCGGGGACCGCCCGACGUGGCUGGGCAGCGCUGGCGCGCUGGGGGCGCUGUACAUAGAUAUCGUCUCGGAGCUCGCGCUCCGCCGGCUCCUCGGGUGUUGAACAAGCCGGGUGCACGUCACAUGGCGUGACUGGCGUGGGCGGAUAUGCACAUGUGGCCGCAUGCCCCUCCACCGUUUGACCCUCACGCUGACGUGCCAUUUUCCGCCCGCUUGCUGGCCGUGUAUCCAGCGCGGGGUCUCUCGGACACCUGACGUCGCAGUUCUGUGCGCAGCGCGGGGAACCUGGAGGGUUCGACUUCUUCGAGGGGGCUGGUCCUUCGCCCUGGCUGCCGGUUUCUGACAGCUCUGGGGCCGAAAAUGUCGGCAGCAAACCAAGAGCAUCCCGUCGCGCUGUGUUCGCGACCAGUGGGGCCUGUGUCCAGCCGCUCUGCCUCCCCAUGUGUUCAGCUGGCGGCAUCUAUCCGCGGGGUGCAUGCUUGCCGUGCGUCACGGUUCGCGCUUCGCUUGCUCAGCUCUUUGCCCUUUCUGGGCAACAAUGUGUACAUGGUAUGGUUUUGCUUCGCCUAUCACUGUCUCCCCCUAUCUCCUUCCUGCAUCCCUGCCUCGCACUGUGCCCUUGCGUGUUCACUCGGUCCCCCGAUGCCAGGCGGUCAGCAGCACGCGGGAUAUCCUCCCCCGUAGAAGCUCGCAACUUGUUUCAAGUGCUCUGGAUUGCGUUGUCAGUUCCCAUAGAAUAAUCGGAACUCUUCAAGCAGCGCACGGGACGCCCUACCCAGUCUUCCCAAGAGAGGCGGACCUUGCUGUGCGCAGUCAAUUUUUUCAAGCAGUUUUGGAACGGCUCGCUGGAACAUCGAGCGCUCGCAAACGAGGGGUCUCCUCCCUCCCCCUGGCUUCCUGCUCCUCCCUCCUUCUCCUAAUCCUCCUCGUCGCUGUUCUGACCCCCGUCCUCCUCCUCUCGCUGGCGGCUAGCCGCACUCCCCGGCCGCGGGCUUCGAGGCCUGUCCGCUGGAGGGGUGAAGCCCCAUCUCGAUCGCGAGUUGUCUCGAGAUGGGGGCAUUGUCCAGGAUCUGGGAUUUCCAGGCCUUUUCGGUUCCGAUGUCAUUCGUCCUCUCGGCUCUGCUUGAGGCGCUGUCUUAUGUGAUUGUAUGAUAUUCAUUAUUUCCCCAGUCACCCUUCCGCUCCUCCUCCUCCCCGUCGUCAUGCUCCUCAUUCUUCCUUACUUUCUCCAUCGCCAUGUUGGCAUCAGAUGUUUUGCUGGCUGCGCAAAGGCAUACACCCCUCUGGUCCGUGGAUGCGCUACAGCUUCCAAUUCCUGCUCGCCACAAUCGCCCUGUAGGGUCCGUAAUCAUGGGUCCUCGCUGCAUUUGCGUGGAAGUGCGCUCUCGUCCGCGCCCUUGUCUCAUCAUGGCAGCAGCCACUCGCUCCGCCGCACCAGCCGACCGAGUUGAAUGUGACGGUGGUGGGGAAGAGUCGACUACCGAC